AUGUUGUUCAUCUUCAUCUUUCUGUCGAUUUGGCUUCUUCCUAUUCACUCGUGUCCGUUAACUGAUGAAUAUCUCUCUCGUUGCCACUGUGGAAUCUUAACCAAUGGUGAAUCUUAUAUCAAAUGUGAAGAAAAUUCUCUCAAUGAAAUUCCCAAAUUCAAACGUUCAUUUCCAUACGACGAAUUGAUCUUAACAAAUAACAAUAUCAAAUUUCUCACUGCAUCGUCAUUUAAUAACAUUAAAACGAUCAAGCGUAUCAAUUUAGUCGGCAAUGCACUCUCCUAUAUCGAUGAAGAUCUGCUACGAUUGUUGGGAAAUUACCUCGAAGAACUGACGCUAUCAGGUGAUACAGAAAUCGAUACUUUGGAAUUUCUCACACGUUAUCCAUUGAAGAAAUUGCGUGUGUUGAAACUAAAUGAUUUCAAUCUAAAUCACGUGAAUCUUCAGAAUAUUUUUAUCAAUAUGACCAAAUUGGAAGUUUUGUUUUUACAAUCGUGUCAAAUCAAACAGAUUCCACAUUUGAACCAUAUUCAAGUUUUAAACUUAGAAAACAAUCUACUUUCAAAGUCGAUCUUUCUGUCGACAACAUACGCACAGCUGAAUCUGGCGAAUAAUCAACUCUCAUCGAUUAUUUUACAGAAUAAUCCCGAUUUGAUCUCAUUGAAUCUCUCGAGAAACUUCCUUCAAGAAUUUUACUCGUUAACCAUCUCCAAUAAGAAACUCUCAGUACUCGAUUUGAGUUUCAACCACUUGUCCACGAUUGACUGGACAAGUUUAAACGAGAAUCUAACUUCUCUCAAUCUCAGUCACAAUCAUUUCCAACAAAUUCAAAUCAAUUCACAUCCGAAAUCACUGACAUCACUGGAUCUCAGUUCCAAUCAAUUGAAAGCACUGGAAAAUCAUCCUCUCUACGAACAAUUAACCUACUUUAAUCUCAAUCAUAAUCUCUUAGAUUGUAAUUGUCAUUUGAAAUGGUUGACCAAUCUAACGAGACAAGCUCUCUUCACCUGUUCAUCAUCGAACGAUUUCCAAUGUCAAUCCAUGUUAAUACCACGUCUUUUAAAUUUCAAUAUAACUUAUAUUACAAUGGCAAGUAAAACUGGUCUACUGAUCGAAUGGAUUCUGAUUGAUAAUCAUCAAACGUUAUCGUUUAUUGAGAUCACCGUUGAUCAAAUGCUGAUUAAACUACCUGCGAAUCAAACACGUGUGUUUAUAUCGAACGACAUUCAAUCGAAUAAAUACUAUUACGUAUGUCUAAUCUUAAUACAUAAAUACUCUCGAGAUAAGUACUGCCGAGAUGUUCAAACUUGGGAACCACUGAUUGUCAAUCAGCUCGACUUCGACAAUAACGAAAUCGUUCAAUCGGACGGCAAAUCUGACCAUCAUGUUUAUUUGUUACUAAUCGGAACAUGUGCUGGCGGAUUACUGACCUUCAUAUUAUUAUUAACAUGUUGUUAUUUAUGUUAUCAAAUUCGCAAAUAUAAAACAUCGAACUGUCAGCCUGUUUAUGAGCAAUGUUCACAGCAAUAUCCGUAUCCUGUCUAUCAUUGUCCGCAUCAUCAAAUCAUCUACAAUUCGGAAAAUUUAUCGAACUCAACUGAUAGCAGCCAUAUUGAAGCAUCAUUAUCGCCAACACAGAAUCGCCAUCAUCAUCAACAUCAUUCAUGUAAUCACUCGAAACACAUUUAUCAAACGAUUGAUAGUCAGGACUUUUCAACAUUGAAUGGACAGAAUUAUCAGAUCUUUGAACUAUGGAAUCAAUCUUUGAAACAUAAAAGAUAG